CUAUGGUGAUUUUAACAACUCUGUUAGAAGCCAAAGUAUUUACUGUAUUUGUUGUACAGAUUAGGUAUGGCAUCUUUAACUUGCUUAUACUGUAUGGACAUGUUUCUCCAGGUAUAUCUGAGCUGGAGCCAUGAGAAGGCGAUGCCAGGUGAAGAGGUGUCCCUCUCUGUCCUUGUGCUUGAACCUGGCUCUCUGGUUGGAAUCAUGGUGGUGGCCAUGGAGGACAAGGACUCUGACUCUGACGGUGACAUCACAGAGGAGAAGGUGCUGGGGGAGAUUACUGAAUACCUUAAGGAGGAGAUAACCCUUCACCACAGUGGAAUAACUGGAGGGAAAGACAGCCCGCUCUCCGUUUUCAUGGCUUGCAACCUUGUGGUAUUAACAGAUACCAGUUUACAUAAAACAGAAGAUUCUGAGAAGACUGAAAUGGAUCAUAAGGAGGCGGAGGCACUGAUGAGAGAGGAGCAGCCAGAGUGGAGGCCCUCCAUGGAACAGGACUUCUCUAAGACCUGGCUGUGGCUGGACAUGAACUUCAGUGAGUCAACAACAACUAGUCUCCGUGUGGUUGUCCCAGAUAGCAUCACCUCCUGGAGAGCUAUGGCGUUUGUUAUGUCAGAUAACCUGGGCUUGGGCCUCACCUUUAAACCACAGAAGCUGACAGUGUCCAAGGACUUCUCCCUGUCUCUGGAUGUCCCAGAAUGCAUCACCAGAGGAGAGCAGCUUGUCCUCGAGGUCAACCUCUUCAACCAUCUAGAAGAGGACAUGGAGGUCAUUGUGGUGGUUGCUGAGAGCCAGCGCUUUGAGUUUGUUCUGGCAGAUAGAGACCUUGUUUCUAUGGUGAACGCACGUAGAGUGACUGUGGGGAGCCAGGGCGGCGCCACCGCUCUCUUUCCCAUCAGGCCUCUGGUUUUUGGAGAGAUAACAAUGUCUGUGAAAGCAAUGACUGGACAGGCCACGGAGAAGAUUGUUCGUAAAGUGCUUGUGAAGCCCGAGGGCAAAGAACAGUCCUUCUCAGAGACAGUGUUUCUGGAGGUGGUUCCGUCAAAGCGUAACCUGUCCAGACAGCUCCACUUCUCCUUCCCUCCAGAUGUGGUGCCAGGCAGCGAGAGGGCUCACGUGGCAAUGGUUGGUGAUAUCUUGGGCCUGUCCAUCACAGGGCUGGGCUUGCUGGUUAAGAUGCCUCACGGCUGUGGAGAGCAGAACAUGAUCAACUUCGCUCCCAACGUCUAUGUCCUGCAGCACUUGGUGAAAUCCAGCCAGCCAUACGAGGAGAUACGCAGCAAGGCUCUGUCAUACAUGAUGGAAGGAUAUCAGAGAGAGCUGUCCUUCCAGAGAGAUGACGGAUCAUUCAGUGCCUUUGGAGCCAGCGACACUUCUGGUAGUACCUGGCUGACAGCGUUUGUCCUGAGGUGUUUCUUGCAGGCCCGAUCCUUCAUGCAGAUUGACCAGACUGUUCUCUCCAGGGCCAUGGGCUGGCUGGUCCAGCAGCAGGGAUCCCAGGGAGAGUUCAUCGAGGUGGGCAGGGUCAUUCACACUGAGCUGCAGGGAGGCCUGGAUGGACCCAUCUCUCUCACCUCCUAUGUACUGAUGACACUGCUAGAGGACCAGGCCUAUGUGAGCAUGUUCCCGGGCAACGUGUCCCUGACCAGGAGCUAUCUGGAGGGCGAAGUGGCUAGUGGGGUGUCCAGUAACUACAGCCUGUGUCUGGUGGCAUACGCCCUGUCUCUGGCUAACAGUCUCAGCGCAGGCACAGCCCUGGUUGAGCUCAUGAGGAGAGCUGAUAUUCGAGAUGGGGUCCAGACCUGGAGGUCGUCCAGUGCCGAGGUGUCUGACUCAUGGCAGCCGCGCUCAGCAGAGAUGGAGAUGGCUGCCUACGUGUUGCUGGCGCUAUACAUGCGGGCCAGUGUGGUGGAGGCCAUCUCCCUCAUGAAGUGGCUGAGCCAGCAGAGGAACCAUCUGGGGGGAUACGGGAGCACACAGGACACAGUGGUAGCCCUACAAGCCCUGUCUGUCUACGCUGCCUUCAGUGGGGCAGAUGCCAUUGAGCUGGGGGUCAAAGUGUCCACCUCAGUCUCACCUACAGUGUCCCACUUCAACAUCAACUCCACCAACUACCUGGUACAUCAGCGCAAAGAGGUAGACGCUGAACAAGAUUUACUCAUCAAUGUAUUUAUGGAGGGAAGAGGAUUCGCCUUAUUUCAGAUGAAUGUGUUCUACAACAUAGAGGACAGAGUGCUGUCUGAGAGGAGCCAAGAUGACACAGACCAUGAAGGUUUCUCUCUGGAUGUUGAAGUGUUAGAUGAUGAGGAUGACCUGGACCAUAUCAUGUUAUCCAUAUGCACCAGGCUGCUGGAGAGCCAGAAGAUGGCUCAGACAGGUAUGGUGCUGGUGGAUGUGGAUGUGCUGAGUGGCUUCACCCUCAUGCCACAGGCUGUUGCCACGGGAGACCUGGUCAGAAAAGUUGAGGCUUCUCCUGGGAAAGUCAGCCUCUAUUUAGAUUCAUUGACCACAACAGAGGUGUGCAUCAGAAUCCCAAUGAUAAGAGUCUUCAAAGUGUCACAUGUGCAAGAUGCUGUGGUUCAGGUGUACGACUACUAUGAACCAAGGCGUAAAGCAGUGAGGUCCUACAACUCGGAUGUGAUGCAGGACAUGGGCUCCUGUGCCUUCUGUGGGAGUGACUGCGGUCUCUGCAGGCAAGAAAUAAUAAUCUCUAGCUCCUCCACCGCCAACACAAAGAACACUGCCAUCCACUGUUUGGGAUGUGUACUGGUUGCAAUUACAGCUUUACUGUUAUAACAAUAUUAAUAUCUCGUGGACAGAUCCACGUAAACAUAACUGGUACCGUAGAAUCUAUGGGAUGCGUGGUAUAACGAGCAGCAGUAGUUCCGGUGUUCAAGUUUUUUUCAUCACUGGUUAUUUGGACAAAUCACGAUUUCGUAGGUGUUAGUGUCUUUAGAAUUUUGGAAGGGAGCGGACAUUCGGCCCGUAACUUGAAAAGAGAGAGGUUGGAGCUCCUGGUUCUAGCAUUUCUUUAUCACUUUUGGACCCAGAACUUAAUCCAGAAGCUGACCAAUUAACUGAGAUUAUAAUAAUAUAAACGCAUAUUUUAAUAGCCAUUGUCAGAAGGCAAAAACUACCUGUAGAAAUAUAUAGAUUUGAUUUACUUUAGCCUGAAUCAGUAAAUUGGUCAAAUCUGGGUAAUGUUUUAUUAGCUAUUUGAUGCACUGGAUUUAAUGUUGAAUGCACUUUUUACAUUUAUCAUAAAUCUGUAUUUUUUAUGUUGUGAAGUAACCUCAUUCAUUUGUACACUUUGACACACAAAUGUAAAUAAAAUAAAUUGAGGUGAAUUAUGAAGAUAAAGUUUGCAGGACAUAGUUUUCCAUCCACAAUUAUGAGUUAAUUGCCAGACUAAAUAACUCAUGAUGUAGCCUAUAUUGGGGCUCCCGAGUGGCGCAGCGGUCUAAGGCACUGCAUCU